GGUUGAGGCCCGGGGAGGGGCGGGGCUUCACUGGCCCCGCCCCAGGCCCCGCCCGCGGGGGAAAGUGAGUUCCGUGGGCGCCGCAGCCGGGAUCGCAGAGCAGGGAGCCCAGAGCCGAGUGGCGCCGCGUACGGCUGACCUGAGGAGCCAUGGGCUCCAUGUUCCGGAGUGAAGAGGUGGCGCUGGUCCAGCUCUUCUUGCCUACAGGUGCUGCCUACACCUGUGUGAGCCAGCUGGGCGAGCUGGGCCUUGUGGAGUUCAGAGACCUCAACGCCUCGGUGAGCGCCUUCCAGAGACGCUUUGUGGUGGAUGUUCGGCGCUGCGAGGAGCUGGGGAAAACUUUCACCUUCCUGCAGGAGGAGGUUCGGCGGGCUGGGCUGGCACUGGCCCCGCCCGAGGGGUUACUGCCGGCACCCCCACCCCGUGAUCUGCUGCGCAUCCAGGAGGAGACAGAUCGCCUGGCACAGGAACUUCGGGAUGUGCGGGGCAACCAGCAGGCCCUGCGGACCCAGCUGCACGAGCUGCAGCUGCACGCAGCUGUGUUGGGCCAGGGCCAAGGCCAGGGCCACGGCCCCCCGGUGGCAAGCAGUUACACGGAUGGGCCCUCGGAAAGGACCCCGCUGCUCCAGUCCCCCGGGGGACCACACCAGGACCUGAGGGUCAACUUCGUGGCAGGUGCCGUGGAACUCCACAAGGCCGCCGCCCUGGAGCGUCUGCUCUGGAGGGCCUGCCGCGGCUUCCUCAUCGCCAGCUUCAGGGAAAUGGAGCAGCAGCUGGAGGACCCCGUGACGGGCGAGCCUGCGCCGUGGAUGACCUUCGUCAUCUCCUACUGGGGAGAGCAGAUCGGGCAGAAGAUCCGUAAAAUCACUGACUGCUUCCACUGCCACGUGUUCCCGUUUGCGGAGCAGGAGGAGGCUCGUCGCGGAGCCUUGCAGCAGCUGCAGCAGCAGAGCCAGCUCUGGUCUCAGGUCCUGGGGGAGACCGAGCGCUUCCUGAGCCAGGUGCUGGGCCGGGUGCAGCGGCUGCUGCCGCCCUGGCAGGUGCAGGUCCGCAAGAUGAAGGCCGUGUACCUGGCCCUCAACCAGUGCAGCGUGAGCGCCACGCACAAGUGCCUCAUCGCGGAGGCCUGGUGCGCCACGCGCGACUUGCCCACCCUGCAGCAGGCGCUGCAGGACAGCUCGAGCGAGGCGGGUGUGAGCGCCGUGGUUCACCGCAUCCCCUGCCGAGACAUGCCCCCCACCCUCAUCCGCACCACCCGCUUCACGGCCAGCUUCCAGGGCAUCGUGGACGCCUAUGGCGUGGGCCGCUACCAGGAGGUCAACCCCGCACCCUACACUAUCAUCACCUUCCCCUUCCUUUUCGCCGUGAUGUUCGGUGAUGUGGGCCACGGGCUGCUCAUGUUCCUCUUCGCCCUGGCCAUGGUGCUGGCCGAGGACCGGCCGUCUGUGAAGAAGGCGCAGAACGAGAUCUGGCAGACCUUCUUCGGUGGCCGCUACCUGCUCCUGCUCAUGGGCCUGUUCUCCGUCUACACCGGCUUCAUCUACAACGAGUGCUUCAGCCGUGCCACCGUUAUCUUCCCCUCGGGCUGGAGCGUGGCCGCCAUGGCCAACCAGUCUGGCUGGAGUGAUGCGUUCCUGGCCGAGCACCCGCUGCUCACCCUGGACCCCAACGUCACCGGCGUCUUCCUGGGACCCUACCCUUUCGGCAUCGACCCUGUCUGGAGCCUGGCUGUCAACCACCUGAGCUUCCUCAACUCCUUCAAGAUGAAGAUGUCCGUCAUCCUGGGGGUCACCCACAUGGCCUUCGGGGUGGUCCUGGGAAUCUUCAACCACGUGCACUUUGGCCAGCUGCACCGGCUGCCGCUGGAGACCCUGCCUGAGCUGGUCUUCCUGCUGGGCCUGUUCGGCUACCUGGUCUUCCUGGUUGUCUACAAGUGGCUGCGAGUCUCGGCCGCCAGCGCCGCCUCGGCCCCCAGCAUCCUCAUCCACUUCAUCAACAUGUUCCUGUUCUCCCGCAGCCCCACCAACCGGCCACUCUUCCCUGGGCAGGAGGUGGUGCAGUCCACACUGGUGGUCCUGGCCCUGGCCAUGGUGCCCAUCCUGCUGCUCGGCACGCCGUUGUUCCUGAGCCGGCAGCACCGCCGUCACCGGAGGAGACGCGCCGACCAACAGCCGGAUGAGACCAAGACCGGGCUUCUGGACUCGCCCGACGCUGGCUGGGGCUCUGACGAGGAGAAGGCGGGGUGCCCAGGGGACCAGGAGAAGGCCGAGUUUGUCCUCUCCGACGUGCUCAUGCACCAGGCCAUCCACACCAUCGAGUUCUGCCUGGGCUGCAUCUCCAACACGGCCUCCUACCUGCGCCUCUGGGCCCUCAGCCUGGCCCACGCCCAGCUGUCGGAGGUCCUGUGGGCCAUGGUGCUGAAUAACGGCCUGAGGAUGAGCCGAGAGAUAGGCGUGGCAGCCGUGGUGCUGGUCCCCAUCUUUGCGGCCUUCGCCGUGUUGACUGUGGCCAUCCUGCUGGUGAUGGAGGGGCUCUCGGCCUUCUUACACGCGCUGCGGCUGCACUGGGUGGAGUUCCAGAACAAGUUCUACUCGGGCACGGGCUACAAGCUGAGCCCCUUCACCUUCAACGUGGAGGAUGAAUAGCACCUACCUGUGGCCAUACCCACGACCCCCGGCCCUUCCCUUGCUGAGGCUGAAAAGGAAUAAAAAGGGAGAAGGCCUAGGA